AUGACAGGGGAAACCACUCCAGAGGGUCCCGUCCCUGGGCAAGAGGAGACUCCAGCGGAGGCUGCCAUGAAGCCCAGCCUAGAGCCCUCUGGAGAAGGGGCAGCCUCGGAGGCCAGCCAGGAAGAGCAGGCUCCCAAGCCAGAGGAACCAGAGGUGCCAGAGGACCCAGCCCCGCAGGCACCUGUUGCAGAGGCCCCCGAAGCCCCUACGGCCCCCAAGGCUCCAGCAGCCUCUCAGCCGGCACCUCAGAAUGAAGAUAUCCCUAGUGCCCCGCUGCUGCUGGCCGUGGAGGAUGUGAGUGACAGCUCUGUGACCGUGAGCUGGGAGCCUCCCGAGACGCUUGGGAGACUGGGGAUCCGGGGCUACGUCCUGGAGCUCUGCCAAGUGGGAGCCUCUGAGUGGGUCCCUGUGAAUGCACGGCCCAUGAUGGUGACCCAACAGACGCUGCGGAACCUAGCAUUGGGUGAUGCCUUCUUCCUGCGUGUGAGUGCUGUGAGCUCCGCAGGUGCUGGCCCGCCUGCCACACUGGACCAACCCAUCCGCAUCCAGGCCACCAUCGAGCCCCCCAAGAUCCGUGUCCCCCGACACCUUCGUCAGACCUACAUCCGCCGCGUGGGAGAGUCAGUCAACUUGCAAAUCCCCUUCCAGGGGAACCCCAAGCCUCAGGCCUCAUGGACCCACAAUGGCCAUGCCCUGGACAGCCAGCGGGUGAGCGUACGCUCUGGGGACCAGGACUCCAUCCUCUUCAUCCGCUCGGCCCAGCGAGCAGACUCCGGCUGUUACGAGCUCACUGUGCGACUGGAGGGCCUGGAGGCCAAAGCCGCCAUCCACAUCCUGGUGAUCGAGAACCCUGGGCCCCCCAGCAGCAUCAAACUACUGGACGUCUGGGGUUGCAAUGCUGCCCUGGAGUGGUCACCACCCCAGGACACAGGCAACACAGAGCUUCUGGGCUACACUGUGCAGAAGGCGGACAAGAAGACAGGGCAAUGGUUCACGGUGCUGGAACGUUAUCACCCCACCACCUGCACCAUCUCCAACCUCAUCGUGGGCAACUCCUACUCCUUCCGGGUCUUCUCCGAGAACCUGUGUGGGCUCAGCGCCUCAGCCGCGGCCACCAAGGAGCUCGCCCACAUCCAGAAGGCAGAUAUUGUCGCCAAACCCAAAGGGUUUGUUGAGCGAGACUUCUUAGAGCCCCCCAAGUUCACACAGCCCCUGGCCGACCACACCUCCACUCCCGGCUACAGCACACAGCUCUUCUGCAGCGUCCGAGCGUCCCCCAAGCCCAAGAUCAUCUGGAUGAAAAAUAAGAUGGAUCUGCAGGGCGACCCCAAAUAUCGUGCAGUUUCUGAGCAGGGUGUCUGCACCCUGGAGAUUCGGAAGCCCAGUCCCUUUGACUCUGGGGUCUACACCUGCAAGGCUGUCAACAUGCUGGGGGAGGCAUCGGUGGACUGCCGGCUGGAGGUCAAAGGACUAAAGCUCUGGGAAAGUGACAAACCCUGCUUCCCUCUUCUGCUGACUUCCAGAAGCUCAUAG